AGCCGCCAACCAGGGCAGAAAUGGGUGCUCGCACGGGGAUAUUGGGGAACCAGGUUACGAGCGGGUGUCACAGAUGUACUGUUGGGAGCUCUAACAUCUUGGAAAUGAGGGGGCAGGUGAAAUAAAACCCGAAUGUGUGCUGUCUGUCUUGUUUAUAUCUUUACUUUUCUCUUUUUCCUUUUUUUUAUCCUGUCUUUGCUAUCCCAUUGUCUUAGUCUUAUAAGUACCAAAAAAUGGACAAUGCAUUGUUCCAAUCCCCCGAGGGCCCCCUGUCGACCAGGGGCUGGGCCCUGCAAGCAUUCCUCCUCGGCGUCGUGGGCCUUGCUGUUGCUCGUUUGGUUCGAAUAGUUUACAGAAGUGUAAAAGAAUAUAGGAACGAUACUAUCUUUGGCCGUCAACAUGGGUGCCAACUUCCACCCGAGCUGACCAAGCGGUGGCCGCUGGGGAUCGACCGCAUCAAGGAGCUCUGGGAGUCCAACGCAGACGGUCGACUCCUCGCCUUCCUGUGCUUCAUCGCCAAGGACUAUGAGCCCGGAAACAACUUGUGCCAGUAUCUGCUCAUUGGGCCUCGGGCGUACCACAUCCUGCACCCGGCCAACGUCGAGACCCUCCUCUCGACCAACUUCAAGGACUACGGGUUUGGCUGCCGUCCGUCCGUUUUUGCGCCACUCUUAGGCAAUGGAAUCUUCACUCAGGAGGGCGCUGCCUGGAAACAUUCGCGAGAGCUGCUUAGGAAGCAGUUUGUUCGCGCACAGUACCAAGACCUCCGGUACUUCCACGAACACGUCGGCAACCUGAUCGACCGUAUGCCUGCCGACGGGGACGUCGACCUUCAGCCGUUGUUCUUCGACUUGACCAUGGAUGUGGCUACGGAGUUGCUCUUCGGCCGGUCCGUCUACAGCCUCCGCGCCGGCGUCGACCAGGCGGCCGAGAACAGGGAAUUCGCUGAGAGCUUCAAUGUCGCACAGGAGGGCCUUGCCAAACGUUUCCGACUGGCCCCGUUCCAUGCCGUCUACAACCCCGCUUCUUUCCGCGAGGCUUGCCGCAACGUCCACCGCUUUGUUGAGAGGUACAUCCGGGAACAGAAGCUCAUGGAAAAGCGGGCAGCGGAUGCCGAGAAAGGCGAGGACUCGGCUUCCUGGUUUAUCCAACAGGUGGCCGAAGAAUCCGCCAGCGAGACUGAACUCCGCGACCAGCUCCUUAAUGUCCUGCUUGCUGGCCGGGAUACUAGUGCCUGCUGCCUGUCGUGGACUUUCCGUCUCUUAGUGCGCUACCCAGCAGUAAUGGAGCGACUACGUCGCGAAGUCAAGGACGUCAUGGGAGACUUGACAAACCCCGUAAGAGAACAGAUUAGGAAGAUGCCCUUCCUGGCCUGCGUCGUAAAGGAGAGCCUUCGGCUCUACCCCCCGGUUCCGCUUAACAACCGCGAGGCUGUGAAGACGACCCUGCUCCCUACGGGCGGCGGUCCGGACGGGACUAGCCCGAUUAUGGUGAGAAAAGGGGAAGUGGUCGUGUUCUCGCAGUACGUGAACUCGCGGAGAAAGAACAUAUUUGGUCCCGACGCAGACGACUUCCGCCCAGAGCGGUGGGAGACGGGGGAGCUGGACAAGAUCGGGUGGGGGUUCUUCCCCUUCAUCGGCGGUCCCCGGCAGUGCCUCGGGGAGGACUUUGCCCUGAUGGAGGUCUCGUACACGGUUGUGCGGCUACUCCAGACAUUUCCCAUCAUCAAGUUGCCUAAAGGGGAGGUUAUAGAGCCAGUCGGGACCGAGAGACAGAAGCUGACGCUUGUGCUCUCAAGCGCCGACGGGUGUAGAGUCACCGUUGGCGGGAACGGCCAGGCUGGCUGCUCGGUUGCCUGAUGAGAACAGACUAGGGUUCGAUAUUGGGCACCAUUUAGAUAUAUAUCAUUAGUAAUGCUGUACUUGUUUGGUGUAGGCGCC